AUGUUUUUCUUAACUUGUUACCUUAAUCGAUCGAAUGUUGCCACUUUCUUUAUUAUUCAUGUAGCUGAAUUAAGAUAUUGAUCUAAUCAUAGCAAUGUACUACUAAUACUAAUGAUGAAAAACUACGAUUUUGUUCGUAGUAUUUUUGUCAUAAAAUAUUCUUUUUCCUAUAUUACUUUACGAGCAUUUAGUUUUAGACUAAGCCAUGACCAUUGUCAGAGGAAUAUUACUUCUCAAUACUAUGUUUUAUAUUAAUGAUGUACUUUUAAACUUUAUGUACGAAUGGAUGGUGAUUUAAAAAAUCUCUUUAUGGAUGGCCGAUCUAUAUUAUAAAGCUGAAAGACUUGAGAUUUUCGGUGAUCAAAUUAGAUAUGCUCCUGAUGAAUCUGGGCGAGUUGGUAUGUUCAUUCAUAAUUUUGGUUUAAAACCAGAAUGCAAUUAUUUUGAGGUACUCAUUGAAGAUAUUGGUACUACUGGUGGAAUUGCUAUAGGCCUGGUAUCUUCUAAGCAUCCUUUAGAUCAAUAUCCAGGUUAUGUACCUGAUUCUAUAGGAUAUAUAAGUGAGGGAAGGCUUUACAAAGACACACCUAAAGUGAUUGGAAUCGGUCCGAAAUUUUAUUGCCAAGAUCGCUUAGGAUGUGGUCUGAAGUUUAAAUCUUCACCUGAAGAUACUCAAGAGAAUGAAGCAGCUGUUUUCUUCACAAAAAACGGAAAAGAAAUUGGCCAAACUGUUUGUACCAUGCCAGCUGGUGGACUUUACCCUGCUGUUGGUCUUAAUGCCUUUGGAGCUCAACUUUUUUACAUUGGACGAUCUAAGUGGACACCCGAGGAAGAUAUGUCUAUGUGCAUAGACAGUAACGAAGAAGAGUGGUCUAGAUUGCAUGAUAUCAAACUCAAUGGCUCAAUAUUAGAAUAUGCCGGUCGAGGUAAAAGUAUCAUUGAUGUUGGUUUAGCUCAAGCCAAAUAUCCUUUAGAUACUACGCACCAUUAUUUUGAAAUUGAAAUUUUAGAUCCAGGAGAAAACUGCUAUAUUGCUAUAGGUCUAGCUAGAAAAGAUUAUCCGAAAUACAGGCAUCCAGGCUGGAAUAAAGGGUCAAUAGCUUACCAUGCAGAUGAUGGGAAAAUAUUUGUCGGUAGUGGUGUUGGAGAUCCUUUUGGGCCUCGUUGUUAUAAGGGUGACAUAAUGGGAUGUGGAAUUAUGUUCCCCCGAGACUUUGUUUGUUACUUUGACUGUGAUGAAUCGAGUGAAAAUGGUCCGUCUUCCUUAAAUGCAGACUUUGAUGAUGAAUUGUCGGGGUCUCUGAGUGAAUCUGAAGAUGAGGAAUGGUGGAAAGCUAAAGAAAAUAUUGAAUUUGGUGUUAACAUACAGGUGUUUUUUACUCGUAAUGGUAAAACCAUUGGCCAGAAAGAUGUAUGCAUUCCAAAGGGUGGAUUUUACCCAACUAUUGGAAUGCUAAGCAGCGAUGAGAAAGUGAAAGUCGACUUGCAUCCUUUAACUGGUUGAAAUUGUUUUUUCCCCUGCUGCAUUAUAGUUUUCAGGUGCUUUCUAAGUCACAUCCUUCAUCAUCAGGUGCUUAUUUUUCCCUCCUUUUUCAUUCAGGUAAUCAAAUGUCGUAUUCUGUUUCUAUACCAAAUAUGUUUCACAGAAUGAAGAUUAUUUUAGAAUUUUAUUUUUGUAUAUUUUGAGUUGGGGAGAAGAAAUUGACAUCUAUUUUUUAUCGUAUUUGAAACCUCUAGUCAUUAGAGUUUCUUAAUUAUUUUUGAUUAUGAAUCACUAGUUUUAUACUCUUUAGCAUUACUUUUUUUUAAAGCAACAGGAUGAUUAACUACCAUAAUUAACCGAAUUCACAGAGUAAAUCUGCUUUAAUUCAAAUUUUUUCUGCGACUUAAUGCAGCCAGACAGAUAUUAUUGUUCUAAAAAUUUCAGAUUCAUCUAACGUGCAUAAUUUGUAAAUAUAAAAUCCUUAACAAUUUACACAAAAACUUUAUGUUGUUUCAAUUUAAGUUCAAUUUUAUGCAGUGACACUAAAAAUGGAAUGAAUUCUUUUACAGUUAAGUCCAUCAAGUAAUAGAAUAACUUUUGUUCUCUGUGUUGCUCUCAAUUCAAUUUUGUGGUUUUUAUUAUAAACAAGUUAACAGAUAUUUUAAAAAGGAGUCUCGGUGAUUCCUACCCCAGUUUGUAUAUUUGCUUUAUAAAAAUAAAACUUAGAUGCUAAGUUAUCUGCAUACGGAUACGGUUGCUGCUGCUGUGCUGAAAAAUUUAUUUUGUAAAACAGAUUGUGUAAACUUUUUCCAUACAUAUGAAAAAGUGAUGACCUGUUGCUUUAAAAAAAAAUCAUGAAUUUUUCUUCUUUAACUAUUAAUAACUUUUUAAAAUUAAACUUUUACAGUUAUUAAUGUUUAACUUGACCUACGUAAUCAUUACAAAUUUGGUUUAGCAUCCUCAAACAUUUUUUUUUAAUCCAAUCUUUUUAUUAGUCAAAGAAAAUAAAAAUUUGUUCUUAUUUUCUGAGGAUUCAAAUUUAUGUAAUUUUGUAAUAAUAAUACUUGUUCUAUUGUAUAAUCAAGUAUCUUAUUAUGUUAUUAUGCAAAACAUUUUUAACUGUUUGUAGUUUUAUUUCUGUAUAUCAUGGUAAUCAUUAUUUUGCUCAUUGAAUAAUGUCAUAUAUUUUAACAUAAGGGAACUUCUUAAAAGGUGAUUCAAAAGGCAGUGUUCUAAAUUCUAUUCAUAUUUACGUUGUAUGCACUAAAUGUUCACUAUUGAUCAAUAUAUUUUUCUAUCUAACAAAACUAUAAUAAAACUAACACUAUAAAAACUUUUUCCAUCAAAAUUUAGUUCAUUGGAUUACUUUGGUUAAUUUAUGAGAAAAGCUAUUGGCGUUUAUUGCUUGGACAAUUAUUUAUUUCACUUGUAGCAGUGGUUGGAAGUAGUUUCGCCCCGAGUAGCGAAACUACUGUAGUCACUAUUUUUUAAAAGAAGUAGUGUAGUGAGUAGUGCGAUACAAAAAAACAGUAAUUUGCAGCAAUUCCUGGCAACAACUUUUAACGUUAGUUAAAUAAAGUUCAAACAAAAAAAAAAUUUCGAAUCUGAUUGGUAAAAAUCCCAACAGCGUGCGCAAUCCAAAUGCCUCCUCUGUGGCCGAGCAUUAAUAAGAUCUACGUCUGAUGCUUGGAGAAAUUAGUCGAGUUGUUCUUAAGAAAUCGAAUUUUAAAUAUCUCACUUUUUUAAAAUUUGAUUUCACAAGAACUAUAAAGUACAUUUUUGUGUCUGAUUUCGUUACUUAAAAUAUUAUGUGCAUUAAUGAAUAAGCAUAUUUGUGGUCACCCCUUCAAACCAUUCAGAUUGAGUCCUAGAACGUGAAGAUCCAAUCAUUAGAUCAAAAGUUAUUCAGGGUGAUCUGUUUUUUAUUUUUCGCGCUGUACUUUAUUUCUUGGAUAUAAAAAGCACUGAUGACUCAAAUCACAAGUAUUUGAUAAUUUACUGGCAUUUCUUAAACUGCUGUCGAGAAAAGCAUAGAGUUUGAAAGUUAAAAGAACAAAUUUGUGAAAAGUGCUUUAGAAUAAAAAACUAUUUUGUGUAAGCAUGUCUUCUAAAAGUAGCAAAGUAGUGACUACAUUUCAAAAGUAGUUUGUAGUUGCUACAUUUAAAACAAAGAAGUUGUAGUUAACUAGAAAGAAAAUGUAGUUUUUCCAACCACUGACUUGUAGUAAGAAAAUAUUUGAAUACCUGAAAACUAUUUUAAGAUUAAAUAAGUUUUUGGUUCUUACAAGAAAUUAGGCAAGGGUCUUCCUCAAGAAAUUGGUUAAAGUUCUUACUUAAAUCAAUUUCUUGUUUCAAUAACAACACAGUUUCGUAUGCAAUCUUUUGGACAUGCAUCCAAGCACUAAAUUGCUUUUUCUAAAAAUCUUUCACCUAGUAAUUCAACUUUUCAAGUAAUGCUAUUUGUCUAGAUUAUUAUCAGGUAACCUUCUUAUUUAAACCUUAUAUUUAUUCUUAUUUGUUAACAACUAAACACUUUAAAAAAAAUUAUUAUUAUUUUUUUUUUUUUGUAACAUUGGGUCAGUUAUCAGGAAUGUCCAGAAUUGGCAUCUUUUGAUUUUAAAAUUUUUUUAAAGAUAUUUUAUAAAUCUUUUGCAAUAAUUUACAUUAAUUCCUGUUUAUAGACAGUAUUAUAAAUUGACUUUAACAUUUUGACUGUAAAUUAAACUAAAUCUUGUUUUUUUUUUUUUCCAACGACAAAAAACUGGAUGUAUUGGCCAUUUUCCUUCUCCUAGUACGAAGUAACCUUCAUGUGAAAUUGGAGAAGGCAUGUCACCUGGGCUGUGUUGAGGAAUGGUGUUACUCAUUUACCCAGGGAGCACGUAUGCAUUAAAGAUGCCAGGGAAACGAGUAACACUACUCCCCAGCUUAAUUGUUGUCACAGCUUAAAGUUUAGAGCUGUCUUGUGCUUUUCACCUUUUGAGAAUUUCUUCUAAACAUAUGCAGUUUUUUAUAAAGUUGUUAAUAAACUUUUGCAUUUAAAGCUACUUAGUAGUGUGUUAUGUCGCGAGAUAAUCAUGAUAAUUUUGUUGCCAAAAAUCGGUUGAAACUUCAUCUCAAUACGAUUGAGUUACACUGAUUUGAAAAAAUUGCCAACCGUCGAAGCUUUGCCACUCAAACCCUUCUAAGUCCAUACUAAACAGUUUAGAAGAAAACUGUGCUAAUGAUUACAGUGCUGAGGGUAGGUUGAGCUGUUUCAGUGAGUUUUGGAAGCAUUAAAAAAAAAUCAAAUUAAGGGUAGUGUACAGACAUACAAUUGAGAUUUCCUGCAAUGCAUUUUUAAUUCUUGCCUAAUUUUAUUUCAUUGUGAACUCUGCCAGAUUAGAUGCAAAGUGUUUCAGUUUGUAAAAUAGUAAAAAAAAAUUUCUUUAUUUUUACACUUUUAUCAAUAUAUUGAUUAAAUUUCACCAAGUUUAAUCAAGUUAAGAAAUAUAUUCCAAAACCUAUAAAAGUUAGUAAUAGU